CAGUUAUCAUCAUACUGUCGCUCUGUCAAAACAAUUGAUUAUUCUUUUGUUUCAAAGAAAUUCGACGAGUGGCAAACUGUAAUUUGGCCUAAUAAAAAAUAAUCUGCUUAAUAAAGCCUUUAAACUUGUAAUGAAAUAAACAUUUUUUUAUAGGUCUUCAAUCUUUUAAGGUUACAUAAAAGUGUCGUUUUUGGUAAUAGGCUAACCGGAUUGAUUGCACAAGAGUGACCAUGGCCCCAUAGAUUGUUAGAUAGGUUGCAUCUUUCUUGACAAUAAAGCUGCAAACUAAGAUCCAGGAAAAUGGCAUUCAUGCUCCAAUUGCGCAUGCUUAUGUGGAAAAACUUCCUUCUUAGAAAGCGUCAAAAGUUCAGACUCCUGGUUGAGCUGGUAUGGCCGUUAUUUUUAUUCCUCAUUCUUAUGUGGGUGCGCAGACGAGGACUUCGAGUUAACAUUCAAGAAUGCCAUUUCACACCAAAAGCGAUGCCGUCGGUCGGUCAGCUACCUUUCCUGCAGAGUUUCUUAUGUUCCUUUAACAACACCUGCUACAAGUCAGAUGAGGAUGCUCAGAUUGACGCCUCUAAUCUGCGAAGUGCCAGGUUGCCACAGUUGGUUGACGAGUACGCACAGCUGUUUGAGAGCAGGAUGGACCAGGAAGUAGCCAUUAAUGUGGUGAAAGACCUGGACAGGUUAUCUAACUUGGUGCAAAAUGUCGCUUCUCGCAGAGUGCAGCCUACAGGCAGAGUAAGAAUUCCAGAACUUCUCAACAACACUGGUUGGGUGAAGAGAGAAAUAUAUCGACAAAACAUAUCCCUGCCUGAAGACUCUGUGAAUUCCCUUCUUGGAGCUGACUUUGCUCCUCAAAAUUUAAGCCUGGGCCUUGUGGGUCUUCUACAAAGUAAUGUUUCUCAGCUGCUUUGCGAAAGUCAGCUGAAAUUAGUUGCAAAUGUGCCGUCUGCUGUUUUUGAUCAGCUGUGUAAAUUGCCAACAGAACAAGCAGAAGCUUUAUACUCCAUCUUCAGGCAAUCUCUCACUGCGUCAGGAGUCUAUGAUGAGAUUGUUAAAUAUGUAGAAAGUAAUCUUAACGGAAAUUUAUCCUGGAGCGAUUGGUUGGAGCUAAGAAAUAUCUCAACCCAAGUGUUGCGAGAAUUCAUCGCUGUAGAAAACUACACUCAAGCUGUUCGGGAGAUGUCAGCGUUGAGUAUGGAGUUCACAGAACUAAGUAGUCAGAUGACUGCAGCAAACAUUUCACAGACGGACCAAGCAAUUGUCAUGUUCAACAGAUUCUUCUGUGGAAACCAUUCAGGCGACCUUAUAGGCCAAAUGCUCAGUGCCGCUAGUAAACCUACCCAGUUUGACGACUUGCGCGAACAGCUGCGUGACUCAACAAUGACCCAGCAGCAAUACGAGUACGACAACACUACAACACCAGCUUGCAACUGGCUGUUCCAACAGAUAGAAUCCUCCCCACCCAUGCAGGCGUUGUGGCGCAUGAUCAAACCAUACAUAAGAGGGAAAAUUUUGUACACACCUGAAACAGUGGUUACCAAGAGGAUUAUGGAAAAGUUGAACUCAGCAUUUGCAAUCGUCAAAGAAGCUCAUGAUUUCAGUAACAACCUUGCAAACUUCACUCUACCCCAACUGAAGACAUUGCUGUACAACAACACUGCACAGUUGGCAAUAAUUAAGUUGUUUUUCGACUCUCCUAGAGGUGAGGCCUUGUUGAACGACACUUUUCUUCACAGCUUCCUUGGGAAAAAUUACAACAAAACCAUAACAACUUUCAAAGAAGAUCUGGAUAGGUUUCUCGAUCCCAACAACACUGUUUACCGGGAGGAAACUUUUGACCGCUUGAUCAACAUUACAACUAAUACAACAGAAUUUUUGGAGUGUUUCGACUGGGACAAGGUGGUGCCGUAUAACACUGAGACGGAGGCUAUGGUUGCUGGUAUGGAGCUGGUUGAGGACAACAAGUUAUGGGCUCUCGUGGUCUUUAUAAACCCUGGAAACACUACUCUCAACCCCAACACGACGUACAAGAUCAGGAUGAGUGUAGAGCGAGUAGAUAACACCGAGUUUCUACAGGACACUCUGCAGCGUCCUGGGGCCAGACUUCGGCCAGCCUUUGACCUCAAGUACAUCACGUACGGGUUUGCCUACCUGCAAGACAUGAUAGACCACCUGGUGAUACAGGAGCAAACGGGAGUUACGAAUAUACCCGGAACAUUCCUGCAGCAGUUCCCCUACCCAUGCUAUGUUGAGGACAGGUUCGUGAUGGCCAUAUCCCGCACUUUCCCACUCUUCAUGGUGUUGUCAUGGGUUUACACGUGUGCUAUGAUCGUAAAAUCUAUCGUGUACGAGAAGGAACAACGACUGAAAGAGACUAUGAGAGUGAUGGGACUCGGCAACCUCGUACACUGGCUAGGAUGGUUCAUAGACAGUAUUGUGCCCAUGAUGGUGACAAUUACUAUGCUUACUGCCAUCUUGGUGUACGGUAACAUUCUAAAGAACGCAGACCCCAUGCUGGUGUUCACCUUCCUCAGUGUGUAUGGAGUGGCCACCAUCGCUCAGGCGUUUCUUCUCUCCACCUUCUUCUCCAAGGCCAAUCUCUCAGCCGCUUGUGGAGGAAUUAUCUUCUUCAUCCUCUACCUCCCGUACAGCUUCCUCGUACGUUGGAUCCUCUUCAUGAGUCCGUGGAUCAAAGCUUCCCUGGCUUUGUCGUCUAAUGUUGCGUUUGGUCUGGGGGCAGGCUACUUAUCCCUGCUGGAGGAGAGAGGAACUGGCGUGUCGUGGCCAGACUUGUGGCAAAGUCCUCUCUACGGAGAUGACUUCAACUUGGGCUUGGUGCUGGUUAUGUUGAUGGUGGACACUUUCUUGUACUUUUUACUCACUUGGUACAUCGAGGCUGUGUUUCCAGGUGAGUUUGGGAUCCCCAAGUGUUGGUACUUCCUGGUCACCAAGUCCUACUGGUGUGGAACAUCCUGCAAAACCGACUUAACUGACAGCUCAGAUAAGCUGAUUGAAAAUGAAACUCAUGACAACUUUGAGGCUGAGCCACGGGGUAUGAGGAAAGGUGUGGCUGUUCACAACCUGGGAAUGGUAUACAGCAACGGCAAAGUGGCCUUAAACAAUCUCAAUAUCAACUUCUACGAGAAUCAGAUCACUUCCUUCCUCGGACACAAUGGAGCUGGCAAAACCACCACCAUAUCCAUAUUGACAGGAAUGUUUCCUCCGACCAGUGGAACUGCUUACAUCAAUGGCCUGGACAUCCGCAAACAGAUGGAUUCAAUACGCAGCAGCCUGGGCAUGUGUCCUCAGCACAAUGUUUUGUUUAACUUACUAACUGUGGAAGAAACACUGUGGUUCUUUGGGUUGUUGAGAGGAAAGGACACGGAGGUUGUCAGACCAGAGAUAGAACACAUGAUACAAGACCUAGGAUUGCCACACAAGGCUACCUCACUGACACAGGACCUAUCUGGGGGAAUGCAGCGUAAACUGUCUGUUGCUGUUGCCUUCAUUGGCGGCUCCAAGACUGUAAUUUUGGAUGAGCCCACUUCUGGAGUGGAUCCGUAUUCUCGAAGGUCAAUUUGGGAACUACUCAUCAAGUAUAAAAAAGAUCGCACUGUGCUUCUGACAACCCACUACAUGGACGAGGCAGAUCUGCUUGGUGAUCGGAUAGCCAUCAUAGCUGAUGGUCAGCUACAGUGUUGUGGAUCCAGUGUGUUCCUCAAGUCUAGGUUUGGCACUGGCUACUAUCUCACAGUGGAACUCACUGCAGUUUGUGUUUCAGUGGUUUUUAUUGCUUUUCCACAUAUGUUCGUCCCCUGGAGGGUUGAAAACUUCAUUCAAGAAAUCCUUGUUGUUGACAGAAGCACAAGUGGAGUUUCACUGCUCCAUGCUAUCGCAGUGUUGUUUGCUCUGAGCUUUGUACCUGCGUCAUUCACAUUGUACCUGAUAGAAGAGAGAGUUACCAACUCUAAGCAUCUGCAGAUGGUAUCUGGCGUCAACAGACUCAUCUACUGGCUACAAACCUACACCUGGGACUUGGCCUGCUACUUGCUUGCAGCUGCAUUGUGUGUGUUUGUAUUUCUUGCCUUUGACGAAAAAUCUUACGUUUCACCCACCAACUUCCCAGGAUUAGUUGCGCUGUUGCUGUUGUAUGGGUGGUCGUGUACAGCUCUAAUGUAUCCAUUCAGCUUCUACUUUGAUGUUCCAAGCUCGUCAUUUGUUGCUCUGGCGUGUUGUAACAUGUUCAUAGGCAUCAUCACAACUGUCACCACCUUUGUACUCAGCGUCUUUGAUGAUGAGGAACUGAAGGAGGUCUCAGAUGUGUUGAAAGUGUUGUUCCUUGUGUUCCCCCACUAUUGCUUGGGUUCAGGACUUCUUAAACUAGCCAGCAGUCAGAUUGCUAAGGACUCCCUGGCUGCCUUUGAUAUAGUUCUCAGUCCCAGCAUAUUUGCCUGGGGUUUCCUCGGACAGCCACUACUGUGUAUGUUCCUCACUGGUAUUUUGUUCUUCUUCAUCACUUUAGUAGUGGAAUUUAAACUCUACAAAACGCUUUUCUCAAUUUUUAGGGAGAAAAACAUGAAGCUACCAGCGCCGCAGGAUGAGGAGGAUGUAGCUACUGAGAGAAACAGGAUACGUUCUGGAGACACGAGACAAGAUAUCCUGCUGGUCAAGGACUUAGCCAAGGUUUACAAAACUAGUGGAAGUGUGAAGCCUGCAGUGAACCAGGUGUGUUUUGGAGUGCGGCCGGGCGAAUGUUUUGGUCUACUAGGCCUCAACGGCGCUGGCAAAACAUCCACUUUCAAAAUGUUAACUGGAGCUACUGCCAUGACCAGAGGAUCGGCUUCAGUACAAGGUCACGAUGUUGCCUCGGAGCUGGAUACUGUCAGGUCUCUCCUCGGUUAUUGUCCUCUGUUUGAUGCUCUUGACCCUCUCCUCACUCCAAGAGAACACCUUGAGUUAUACGCCCGACUCAGGAAUAUUCCAAGAGCUAAGAUUCAACAAGAAGUAGACCUCAGUCUCAAGUACCUGAGACUUGGUCACUACAGUGAUAGACUCGCAGGAACUCUAUCUGGAGGCAACAAGAGGAAACUCUCCACUGCCAUAGCUCUGCUAGGCAAGCCUCCAAUAGUUUACUUGGAUGAACCCACCACUGGAAUGGAUCCUAAGUCCAGAAGGUUCUUAUGGAGUUGCAUACAAGAUGUGAAUCGUCAAGGACGUUCUGUUAUCCUCACCAGUCACAGUAUGGAGGAGUGCCAAGCCCUGUGUACCAGACUCACCAUCAUGGUCAAUGGAGAGUUCAAGUGCCUGGGAAGCUCACAGCACCUCAAGUCCAAGUAUGGGGGCGGGUACAGCUUGAUAAUGAGAUGUCAGACAGGCAAGGCAGAGCAAGUGGAGGAGUUUGUCAGAGACAACUUGUCGUCUGCAAGCCUGGUAGAGGCCCACUAUAAUCAGCUGAGAUAUCAGCUGACUGCUCCACUAGACCUGGUUUUCCAAACCAUGGAGGAGGCCAAGCAGUCUGGACUAAUCCUGGACUUCUCCGUAUCACAAACAACUCUAGAAGAAGUCUUUCUGCGGUUUGCUAGUGAACAAUCGGAUGCCAUGAAAUCAAAAUCAAAUGUUUUUAGGAAUGUACGACGAGCCAUUGUACUUCAGUGUAAUAAGUGCUGUAAAGGUACCCAAGAGCAAGAAGUAUGAAGUGGAUCUUUGGCAUUUGUUUGGUGCAAUACUCACAUCUUACAUGACUGUGUCGUGUCUCUCUAGUAUAGCUUGUAUACUACUUACUCUUGCUGUGAUUUUUAUUUUUAGAACAUAUUGUUAUGUUUGUACUUUACUUUAUGCAUACUUUUGUUUUUAUACGUAUAAAAACUUUUCUUUUGUUUUUAUAAAUGGGACGGGUGGCGUCGUCGUGUAAUCCAGCUACUAGGAGGUUAC